AUGGCUCUCGUGAAGAAGCUUCUCGCCUUGGCUUUUCUGGCCAUGGCUGCCGUCGAGGCUGAUGCCAUGCAUCCUACCGCCACUGCCGGGUCGACUGUUCACGCUCUUGAUGAUGCCAUGACAUUCCCACCACCCGGCUUCACGCUGGUCGACACGCAGUGGCAGGUGGAGAUCCGGCCGGGCGAAAAGGUGCAGCUGAACGGCACCGUCGAGGCCGUCUACGCGCAGAUGCUGCAGCUCAACCCAGAUUUCGAGAGGGACAUGGCCGAGAAGACGGCCGCGAGGCGCGCCAGGGAGCAACGGCAGCCGCAGCACUACCAGACCACCAAGACGCUGAGCAGGCUUGAACACAACGAGUGCAACGGCGACUACCGACCGGCGUCGGCCGAGUCGAUCGGCAGAGGCAUUGAGUACCUCGGGAAGAUCAACGGCGAGCCCAUCAUUGACGGCGGCACCUGUGGCCGUGUCAGCUGCAGCGAAGGUGGGGGUAUUGGAUGGUGUAGCUACAGGAGUGAUCGCUACACGGUCAACUCAUUCGGGUGGAUCGGCAACGCUGCCGAGAUCGUCGUCCAGGACUGCUCGUUCCCGGACAUGUACGGCAAGGACUGGGUUUCCGGGCGGCGUUAUCAUGACGCCCACGUCGCCGUCUGGGUCGGCUCCCAGCAGUGUUGA